AUGGCCCCAUACCCGACCGAAAGCGAAAUCAAGCAGUUGAUGCGGCACUUGUCUACGGAUGAUUUCCAGCCGUUUUACGACCGUGUAGCACAUGAUGUGACUUGGGAUGUCCCUGGGUCAUCUAGCGGGUCAGGCCACUUCACUUCACUUGAUCAAUGGAGGAAGAUCGCCUUGGGAGGGACAAAUGAGGCGCUUGCAUCUCCGCUGAAGUUCAAGCUCGUACAUGUCAUUGGUGGUGGAGAUCAAGCUUGGGCUGCCGUUGAGAUGGAGGCUCUUGACGCCGUUAGCAAGACUGGCACGCCAUAUCCUCAGAAGUACUGUUGGAUCAUGCGCUUCAAUGAGCAAGGCAUUGUUGUGCAAGUACGAGUCUACGCUGAUACGCAGCUCUCGCAGAGUAUGAUUGAGGCUAGUAGGUAG